AUGCUACGCAUGGUUAGAACAUUUGCAGGUUCGGCUGGCGAUGAAGACGAGGCGCCCAUCCAAGGUCCUAAUACAUCUUCGGAUUACGUGCUUCGCGCCGUGUUCAUCAGGUUUGCGGCUGCAGCAGAGGGAAAGGUGGAGUCGUUCCUCCGAGAGUCUUUGAGCUCUUGCAAGACUGGGUUUAAGAUGACGUCGUUAUCCUGCCCCGAGUCGAUGUGCGCUGGCACCAACGGAAAACCAAAGGUGUUGAAGAGCCGCAGAAAUCUGAAGACUCUCGUUAAGUCUAAGCAGUACGCCGUCCCCGCUUUUCACACCCCCAUCGACUAA